AUGGCAGCUGCGCUUGGUCUCAUCUCCGCCCUCCUCGCUAUCCAGGGCGCGAGCGCGUCCUUCUCGCUCCAGACGACGUUCCCCAACAUCUCGGUAUGCGCUAGCGAGCCCAUCACCUACUCGUGCGAGAACACGACUGUCAUCCAGAAUACAUGCUGUUCGCCCACGCCUGGCGGCUUGGUCUUGCAGACGCAGUUCUGGGACACCUACACCGGCUUUGAGAAACAGGGGCAGCUGCUGCCCAAGAACAGCUGGACCAUCCAUGGUCUCUGGCCGGACAACUGCGAUGGGUCUUACGAACAGUACUGCGACUUAUCUCGCCAGUACGACCCUACGCCAUCGCCGUUGGUCCUGCCGGAUGGCACUCCAGUGCCGCCAUAUACGGGCCCCGGUGUGGACACCUUUGUCGCCGAAUUCGGUCGUGUGGAUCUUCUGGACUUCAUGAACAAGUACUGGGUCAGCCAGGGCAGUCCGAACAGUGGCUUUUGGGGACACGAGUUCUCCAAGCACGCGACAUGCACGUCUACGUUCGACGUCGCAUGCUACGGGCCUGACUACAAAAACCACCAGGAUGUCGUGGACUUCUUCGACGCCGUAGUCCGCGCCUUCAAGAACUAUCCCACGUUCAACAUCCUCGCGGCCUCCGGCAUCCUCCCGUCGAACAAGACGACGUACUCCCUGUCCCAGCUCCAAGGCGCCCUGAAGGCCCAGACCGGCGCGGUCCCUUACCUCGGCUGCGGUUCGAACGGAACAGUCCUCCAGGAGGUGUGGUACUUCCACCACGUCUUGGGCACUGAGCAAUUCGGUCACUUCAAGACCGUGGACUCGACUACUAAGUCGAGCUGCUCGCCCACCGCUGGUAUCCACUACUUCGAGCGGACACCCACGUCGGAACGCGACGUCAGGCUCCUGCCAUGAAAAAAUUUUCACACAGUCAUACUGUAGUGCAGUAAUUCGGUAAUAUACGGUACAUAGCUAUAUUCAUGGGGUGCCUAGAUUUGGCUCGUACUAGGUUCUGGCCUAUCGUUCUAGAGUGGAGCCGUUAACGGUCACAGUUUGGGGACUCUGAAACCUCUUCGACAUCGUCUAUGCUCGUUCUAAACCAUGACCAUUCAUUUUGUUCAAGCAGAACUGCGAUACGC